UGGAGAAGAGAAGGGCGAGCCUGGGAGCCGAGGGGAGGAUGGCGGUGGGAAGCUGAGCGGCGGCGAGCCCUGCUGCUCGGGGAAGGAGGGCCGGACCUGUGCGGGAUCCUGGGCUGCUCUGGACUCGGAUGCUUGCAGUGGCCACCCUGCAGAAACAAGAAAAUGAUGAGCGAUGCAAGUGAGAUGCUGGCUGCAGCUUUGGAACAGAUGGACGGCAUUAUUGCAGGCUCCAAGGCUUUGGAGUAUUCCAACGGCAUAUUUGAUUGCCAAUCCCCAACUUCUCCGUUCAUGGGGAGCCUGCGAGCCCUGCAUCUGGUAGAGGAUUUGCGCGGCCUGUUGGAGAUGAUGGAUGUGGAUGAGAAAGAAGGAUUGCGGUGUCAAGUCCCAGAUUCAACAGCAGAGAUUUUGAUUGAAUGGCUACAGAGUCAAAUGACCAAUGGGCAUAUAUCUACUAAUGGAGAUGUGUAUCAGGAGCGACUAGCACGUUUGGAAAAUGACAAGGAAUCUCUUGUUCUGCAAGUGAGUGUUCUUACUGACCAGGUGGAGGCCCAAGGAGAAAAGAUCAGAGAUUUAGAGCUCUGCCUAGAAGAACACAGGGAAAAACUGAAUGCCACAGAAGAAAUGCUACAGCAGGAGCUUUUAAGCAGAACAUCCCUUGAAACUCAAAAGCUGGACCUUAUGGCUGAAAUAUCUAAUUUAAAACUUAAGCUGACCACUGUGGAGAAGGACCGAAUAGACUAUGAAGACAGGUUCAGAGACACAGAGAGUUUGGUACAGGAAAUUCAUGAAUUGCGCUUGAAAGUAGAAGACAUAGAUAGUGAGAGACUUCAGUAUGAGAAAAAAAUCAAAUCUACCAAAUCUUUAAUGGCCAAACUUUCUAGCAUGAAAAUCAAAGUGGGACAGAUGCAGUAUGAAAAGCAGCGGAUGGAGCAAAAAUGCCAGAUGCUGAAGGAAGAGCUGGCAUCUUUGAAAGACAAACUGGAACAGAAGGAAGCAGAAAUAAAACGACUUCAGGAGACACUGAUCCACCAGAUAAAAGGAGAAGAGGCUGACCUCAAUGACAGAGAUGAACAUUGUAAAAAGAAGCUCAAAGACAAAAAUAUUGAGGUCCAGAAAAUGAAGAAGGCUGUGGAAUCUCUAAUGGCAGUGAAUGAAGAGAAGGAUCGGAAGAUUGAAGACCUUCGACAGUCUCUCAACCGAUAUAAGAAAGUACAGGAUAUGGUAAUACUGGCUCAGGUCAAAAAAGGCAAGGAUGAUGAAUGUGAGGAGUUGACUAACUCGGGAUCUGUUUCAGUAACAUCAGAUUCACAAAAUCUGACUGAAUCUGAGAAAAGUCUGUCUCCUGUGCCAGUAUCAGGCUCCCCAAACCAUGAAGAGUUUAGAACAGCAUCUCCUGACAAGAAUUCGCUCCAGAUCCACACCAGUAUCUUGCAAGUUUCCAUCCCUUCGUUCUCAUCAACUUCCAGAUGCUCAGAAGCAUCAACUGAAAAAGUCAAAGCCCAAUCUAGGACGGCAGUUGCAAGUGAGAUGAGUGAAAGGAAAACACCAUUGGCUUCUGUAGAAAAUGACACAAAAUUCCAGCUAAGUAGCACAAAAUUCAUAAAGCGUCUUCAAUCAAGUUAUAUAGCCCCAGGGAUAUACAAGCUUUUAACUUCAGCUCUGCAAAAAUCAAGCAGUCUGGGAAACCUGAAGAAAGAGCCAUCCGAAGAUAAAGAGCCUGCCGAGAAGCCAGCAGAGAGCAAGGUGCCAGCAGAGGGCAGCAAAUAUGGAACUCUCCCUCCCAAAUCCCCAGAUGACGAUGAUGCCUUUGGGACUCGUAAAGCCCGGUCUUCAUUUGGGCGAGGAUUUUUCAAGAUCAAAAGUAACAAAAGGACAUCAAGCACACCUAAUUUGGACCGCAGUCGAAGUGCAAGUGCACCCACCUUAGCUGAGACAGAAAAAGGAUUCUCAGACCAUCUGGAUCUUGCUGGCUUGCCCCCUCGGCCGAAAGGUGGGCUUCUGACUCCACCAUCUCCUGACUCCAGAAAGAAAACAAGAGGAAUCAAAAAGCUGUUUGGAAGACUCAUAAGAAGCCAAUCUACUACACUUGAUGCAGAUGACAUGCCAGAGACUGAGUUCAAAAGAGGAGGAACGAGAGCAACUGCUGGGCCAAGACUAGGCUGGUCGAGAGAUCUUGGGCAAUCCAAUAAUGAUUUGGACAUGCCGUUUGCUAAAUGGACAAAGGAGCAAGUUUGCAACUGGCUUCAAGACCAGGGCCUGGGCUCUUACAUCAACAAUGGCAGGCACUGGAUACUCUCUGGUCAGACUCUCUUGCAAGCCUCUCAGACAGAUUUAGAGAAGGAACUUGGAAUCAAGCAUCCACUGCAUCGGAAAAAGCUACAGCUGUCACUUCAGGCAUUAGGAUCAGAGGAGGAGAAUAAUCAUGGGAAGUUGGAUUACAACUGGGUUACAAGAUGGCUAGAUGAUAUUGGAUUGCCCCAGUACAAGACACAGUUCGAUGAAGGAAAGGUGGAUGGUCGAAUGCUUCACUACAUGACUAUUGAUGACUUGCUGUCCUUGAAGGUUGUGAGUGUCCUCCACCAUCUCAGUAUCAAACGUGCCAUUCAAGUCCUUAGGAUAAAUAACUUUGAGCCCAACUGUUUGCGCAGAAGGCCUUCAGAUGAGAAUAACAUCACACCAUCAGAGGUUUCCCAGUGGACUAAUCACCGGGUGAUGGAAUGGCUGCGGUCUGUUGAUCUUGCAGAAUAUGCACCCAAUUUAAGGGGAAGUGGCGUUCAUGGUGGCCUAAUGGUGCUAGAGCCUCGUUUUAAUGUUGAGACCAUGGCACAGCUGCUGAACAUUCCACCCAACAAGACACUACUGAGGCGACACUUGGCAACCCAUUUCAACUUGCUGAUUGGUCAAGAGGCCCAUCAGCAAAAACGUGAAGCUAUGGAAUCUCCAGACUACGUCCUCUUGACAGCUACAGCCAAAGUGAAGCCAAAGAAACUUGGUUUUGGCAAUUUUGGAAAUUUACGGAAGAAGAAGCAGGAUGAUGGAGAAGAGUACGUGUGUCCAAUGGAUUUAGGACAGGCAUCAGGAAGUGCAUCAAGCAAAGGGUUUCGGCCAGGCUUAGAUGUCAGGCCGUAUGAUGAUGACGAUUUGGACAGACUAGAACAGAUGGAAGAUUCAGAAGGAACUGUGAGGCAAAUAGGAGCAUUUUCUGAAGGCAUCAACAACUUGACUCACAUGUUAAAAGAAGAUGAAAUGUUCAAAGACCUUGCUACUCGUUCCCCUAGUGCCAGCAUAACAGAUGAGGAUUCUAAUGUGUGACCAUGGCACCAUUGGACAUCAAAAUAAUAAUUCUCAUUCUGCUAGGACUGCCACUCAACUCUGAUGGGGACAGAAGAUCAUGCAGCUGAAAGUAAUUGUUCUUGUUUCUUUGAUGUGAUAUAUUUCAGAUGGACAACAGAAAAAGAGGUGCCUAUUCUAAAGUUGCCAUAAAUGAAAACAAAAAACCCAGACUAAUACAAAUGGGGGAAAUACAAUUCUCUCUAGUGUAGGGACUUGUGACAUAUUUCAAAGCACUGUGUGUAAUCACACUGUUGUCAUAAUGUUCCUACACAGAGCUGUGCCAUAAGAUAUAUCUAGAUAUUUCUUUAUCUGGAAAGUCAUACAAAUAAUCAGCCAUAGAUCUCUGGAAGCAUUGUCCACUGAAGCUGAGUAAGAAAACAAACUUGUUACGCCCUUCCUGGUUCGUAUGAAUUGAUCAAAAGUAAACAGCUAAUUUAUGCAUUUGGUGUUCAAUGUUGGCAGCCUGCUAUACCAUCAAGUACAUAAUCCCUGAGAUCUAAAUUCUGUUUGUUCAAUUUUUAUACAAUUUUAUUAAAAACAAAAAAUAUAUUGAGUACUUACUAACCAGAAGUUUUAUAUUGUAAUGCAAGGUGAUUAAGAUCAUCUUUUUUGUAAAAAAAGAAAGGAUUCCAGUUUGCAAACCAGCUGGUUACUGGAGAAAGUCAGACUGACCUUGAAAUUUGUUCCCCCUCCUCAAUAAUGCGUGCAUUCUUACAUUAGGAAUGAAGUUAUUGGAAAUUAUGGCUCUUUUUGCAUAAUUAAAAAGGAGGGGUUUUUUUUUCUAGCAGUAAAACUAGAUUUUAAGAACAUUUUAAAAUUUUGCCAUUUGAAACUGCACAGCCUGGGAAAUACUUUGCUCUAUGUGAAAGAAAGCCACCAAACAUCCUUUAGUGGAAAAGUUCUUUAAAAUGUGCCGAGAGCAACAAUUGGCCAAGCAACUUUAUUUUUCAGAACUGAAUUCAGACGUGGGGUCUUGCCUUCUAACUACAACCGACCAUACUGAAACACACUGACAGAUAUUUAUGCUUGUUUUUAAUACGGAGCAUUGUGUGCUGGCUUCCUAAACUAUUAGACUUAUAAAACUCAGGUUAGCUAGUGAAGUUGUUUGCCAGGCUUUCAGUAGUCAGACUUCCUUCUUCAUCUAACUGUUCCACCAUCCCUCCCCCUCCCCCCCCCCCGUUGAAAAUGGGUACUGUUUUGCUGGUUGCUUAAGAUGGUAAUGUUGCAGAUGUUGGAAACGUACUGCUUGAAAUGAAUUAUUCACACUGUAGAUGCCCUUUUUGAGCAGCACUCAGAAAGGCAAUUGAAGCAACUGUUAAACAGGUGAGGGUUUUUUUUACGUGCUCUUGGAUACUGCUUGGAAUUCCUGUCCCUGUCAAUCCAGAGCAUAUCUGUAUGGUUCUGUGGCACAGACUUCCUGGGAUUAGACCAUUUCAAUUUGCAGAUGAAGAUCCAGUGUUGAAACGGUUCCCCACAUAAAAAUUGUUCUGCCCACAAAAGUCUGGCUUUUCAGAAGGUCUGAGCUCAAUCUUCUCCUGGGCAUGCUGGGUUUCUGCUGUUUUGCAUGAUGAGCAUUCAAACAAAAUCUCUUCAGUCUGAAAUGGAACUUCAUUGAGAAUGCUUAGGUUGGUCUUCCAUCAUAGGUGUCAAACUCGCAGCCCUCCACAUGUUAUGGACUGCAGUUCCCAUCAUCCCCUGCCAGCAUCAUGCUGGCAGGGGAUGAUGGGAACUGUAGUCCAUAACAUCUGGAGGGCCACGAGUUUGACACCUGUGAAUCUGACCCUCAAAUCUGCUUCCCACAUAUUUCUUGACACUGGUCAUAAAUUGUAUUCAAAUAAAUUGCAUUCUCUGUUAUCAAAGACGGCCAUCAGCAUCUGGACCUUUAAACCUUCAUUCAGAGGAUCUUUCCAGUAAAACUAUAUGCAAGGUCAGCUGUCCAAGAAGUCCCCAUAGAAUUAGGUGAGCACCUUGUUUCAUUGGGUGUCUGAGCUGUUUUGAAUGAAUGCAGGAAGUGCCAGUGGGUGAUGGGCAAGAUUCAUGCUGACAUUAAAUGUGUGUUUAUCAAUGAAGUACACAGUAGGCUCUACCAGCCGCCCCGUAAGGCUAUUCAGGAUAAUUUUAUAAAACAAUACUGCACAUAGCAAGACAUGUCAUAUUCCUGGAAGUCAAUUUUGCUGUUUUGCAAACACUCGAUUGCAUUAAAGGGGCGGGGGGCACAAAUUCAAGAAGAGAAUCAAGCGUGCGGGGUCUAGUGCACACAAUUCAUAGACUCAAACACCAAUGGUGAUGUUUCUCACCUCAUUAUAACAUUGCAUGUAUGACUUCAGACUUCUCAUUGUUUCUGAAUCCUGAUACUAGUGGAAGUCAGUUCAGACAUGGUGAUCAUUUUUUUCUGGUUACACCAGUGAUUCUUAUCCAUUGGUCUUUUAUUAUUUCUGUGGGGUUGGGGAAGGGAAGAGUAAUAUAAAACACUCGUAAUUAAGCCAAACAGUUAACUUGAAUGCCUAUGCAUGAAAUAUCUUCAUGGUAUUUUAUUUGGUUCUGUGUGUACAAAGAGGUCAGCAUAAACGUAUAUGUAUUGCCAUGGUAAAUAAAUAAAUAAAUGCCUAUUCGGAAAUAUAAAA